AUGAAUAACAAUUCUACCAAUUUAAACACGAGUCCGCCGCGGGUCGGUGGCGGCGGCUCCGGGACUGUGGACCAUGAACUCGUCAUCACCUCCACUUUCGGGACGCUUCUCUCCGUGGUCUACAUCAUCGGAGUGUCGGGGAAUGUGUACACCCUGGUGGUGAUGUGUCACUCGAUCCGCUUCGCCACUUCCAUGUACAUCUCCAUCAUCAACCUGGCUCUGGCGGAUCUGCUCUACCUCUCCACCAUCCCCUUCGUGGUGUCCACCUACUUCCUAAAGGACUGGUACUUCGGGGACGUGGGCUGCCGCAUCCUGCUCAGCCUGGACCUCCUCACCAUGCACGCCAGCAUCUUCACCCUCACCGUCAUGUGCACGGAGCGCUAUCUGGCCGUCACCAAGCCGCUGGACACGGUGAGACGCUCCAAGAGUUACCGCAAAGCUCUGGCGUGGGGGGUCUGGCUGCUUUCUCUGGUUCUCACCGUGCCCAUGAUGAUAAUGGUCGCCCAGACCACUAAGAACACGCCCGAUGGGGGCGUAAAGAGGAUGUGCGCACCCACCUGGGCACCCCUGGCUUAUAAAGUGUAUGUGACUGUCCUGUUUGGCACCAGCAUCAUGGCUCCGGGGCUCAUUAUCGGUUACCUGUACGUCAAGUUAGCCCGCACUUAUUUGGAGUCCCAGCGCAACUCUGUGAUCAGCAGGGGCGGCAAGCGGUCACCAAAACAGAAAGUGCUGAUCAUGAUCUUCACCAUCGUGCUGGUGUUCUGGGCGUGCUUCCUGCCGUUCUGGAUCUGGCAGCUGCUGCCUCUGUACCACAACAAGCCCCUGAGCCUGGCCUCGCAGACGCACACCUGCAUCAACUACCUGGUGGCCAGCCUCACGUACAGCAACAGCUGCAUUAACCCUUUCCUCUACACGCUCCUCACCAAGAACUACAGGGAGUACCUGAAGAACAGGCACAGGAGCUUCUACAGGUACACGUCGUCGUUUAAGCAGCGGCCGCCCAGCCUCUACUCGUGGGGGAAGUCUGCGUCCUCCAGCAACCAGUUUGAGUUCAACUCCGAGACGCUGGUCAUGGGGACACUGAAGUGA